AAGUGUCUACAAGAUAUACAUUUUUGCAGUGCACACACGAGGAUUUUUUUCAAGAUGCUAAGUCGUACACGGGUUUCUCAAGAACUCUGAAGAAGAGAAGAGAAAGAGAGGAGAAAAAAAAAAACACUGAUGCCAUUUGACUGAAGUGUUUCCUAACUGGUUCCAAAUAUUUUAGGAUCAUUUCUGACUACGUACUUAUCCACGCAAUACCAUUCGAAGCAAAAGAUCGGAUGAUUUAAGACGCUAAUUUCUUGGAGAAGAAAACAACUGCUUUUUGACCCAAUUAGAGGUCACAGUCUAAUGACAUACAAAGAGAUUAACAAAGGGAGUGGAACUUCUCAUACAAUUACUACUGGUCAUUAACAGACGUACGGUGCUCUUGUACAUGUAACGAGGAAUACAUUUUAUUGAUUUUUCUCUGUGGGAAAUUUGCCGUCUUGUCGUGGCGUUUCCCCAAAUCUUCUAAAGUGCCCCCAGUGGUUUAUAUCAUGGGAUAAACUUUCUCUUUAACUACUUCCAGUCGGAAAAUCGCUGUACAAAAUCAACACAGAGAUUGCUACUUUCACCAUGGUGUUUGAUUAAUUCAGAUUUUUUGCUUUGAGAAUUUGUGCUUUACCAUUAUGUGUUCAAGGAAAUUCUGUUGCCCAAGACAUCUCGGAUUGCUUGUCUGUUUGCUUUUGGUGGGAAAUGUUACGACAUCAUCUGACGUCACAAGGUCAAAGACAAUCAGACAGUUAAUUAGUGAAAUCAAUCGACUAAGAGGGGCAGACGACAUCAUUUUGAAGAACGACCUUGGAAGUCAGUAUGAACAACCUGACAUCACGGCCUUUGUCCCGUCUUCCGAGAUCUUCUGGAGAUUUAAGAACGUCCAAUCAAAAUACGGCCUCGAUUUGGACAACAGAGAGAGCGUCACUACGCUGAUGUUGUAUCACAUUGGGAGGGGGAAAGUUCUCUCGAAUGAAAUCGUGGACGGUCAAACCAUAAUCUCCAAACAUCCCUCAAACUACAAUCUAAGACUGAAUAUCUACCACAGUGGAGGGGAGAAGAUUUUUACGGUGAAUGGUGCUGAACUCAUGGUACGAGACAUUGUUGGCAGUAAUGGCGUCCUGUAUAUCAUAGACCGGAUACUGGCUCCUGUAUCUAGUGCAAAAACCCUACACGACUACCUCCUUUAUCCGGAUCUGCCGGGGUACCAGUUUCAGUCCAUUGCGCGGGCCUCCAUUAUUGACCCCGAUAUGAAGGCGAAGACUAACCAUAUAGAGCACCAGUUUACAUCCUUUGUUCCUCCGGAUGCUGUUCUGUUUCCGAUGCCAUCGUAUGCUCAGGAUAUUCUCUUCUUCAACACAACUCUGUUAAAAUAUACAAUCCAUGCCCACAUCGUGGAGGACGAGAUCGUGUUUAUUCCUGCUAGAGGCGAACUUAAGGAUUUACAAAGCAAGCGGGGAACCUUACAUUUUAUCAGGGAGGGCGAGAAUGUAUACGUUCAAAACAACAGGAUCCGCGCCCGCGUCGUCAUGUCUAACAUUCCCGUUGCCAAUGGUGUUGUCCACGUGAUUGACCAUAUUCUGUACUUUAUAUAUAAAACAGUGUUCAUCAGAACUAAUACAACUCAAUCACUCAGUAUUUUUGCCAGUCACCUCCACGGAAUCCCGGGGGACCUCCUUUCCCACAUCCAGAGUACCUCAGAAACUUACACCUUCUUUGCCCCCAAUAAUGAGGCCUUCGCCAAGAUCCCCAGGACGUUCCAGCAACGAUUGGGUCAAGAUGAUAGACUCAGAAGUGAGGUUCUGGGAGCACACAUUGUCAAAGGCCUGGAUCUUAGCUCCUCUGCUUUCACCGAAGGCAAAACAUUUAAAACCAUCAACAACUUCACCCUGACGAUCCGGAAGUUUAAUGGUGAUCUCUAUGUACAAAAUGAGAACAUACUGGCAAAGAUUGUACAAGCGGACAUAGGAUGUACGAAUGGUGUCAUACAUAUUGUGUCAAGCGUGCUCCGACUAAACCAAUUCACAGUUCUGGACGCCAUCAAGGGGAACAACCAAUUAUUAAGAAUUAGUGAAAUGCUGAGGGAUUUCACUGUCCUAGAGGGGAUUCUUUCCGGGGAUACAAGUCUUGGCGGGAAAGUGACCGUUUUCAUGCCCUCUGACCUUACAAUCAUGAGUCUCCGCAAUGACACCCGCAAAAAUAUCUUUGUUAACCAACCUGAUAAAGCAUUGAAGGCUUUAAAAGGACAUAUUAUCGAAGGCGAGGCUUUAUCAUCAACAGAGAUCUACAGUACUGUACUAAAGUAUACGUUUGGAGGACAGCGGGUAGAAAUAACCAAUACAGACCAUGAGUUUACUGUUGAGGGAAGCUAUGUUGUGGCAAAAGUUGUGACUCAGGACAUUUGGUGCUCCAAUGGCGUAUUACAUAUCAUAGACAACAUACUACAUAUACCAACCAGAAACAUAAUGGACGAGCUGGCCCGUCAUGAAGAUGUUAGUUCCAUAUCUAACAUUCUGCGGUUGGAAGGAAUGAAGGAGUUGUCUCACGCCUUGUCUAACGAAGACAAUCACUUCACAAUGUUUGUUCCCAUAAACACCGCGUUCUCCGCCAUUCCUAGGUCACGUGCUGAUACCCUAUUCGCAAACUCAACCUUAUUCCAAAAUGUUCUUAAAGCACACGUUACAUCUGCUGGCAGUAAAUAUACCAGUGAUCUCUAUGACGGAAUAAGCAUGAAGGCAGAAGAGGAAUUUCUACAUAUAACACGUGUUUCCACAGAUGUAUUCAUAACAAAUAACAAUGUGAGAACUCGUAUCAUCAGACCUGACAUCCCUGCCAUAAAUGGAAUCAUCCACGUGGUUGAUACUAUCAUGUAUUAUCCAUUCUACGUUGCAGCCGAGGUCAUGUAUAAUUAUCCAAAACUGAGGAUAUUCUAUGAUCUGAUGAAAAAUCUGUCGGACUUCUCUAACCUUCUUAAGGAUGAGUACAGUAGAAUGACAGUGUUUGCUCCGUCCUCUAAAUAUUUAUCUUCCUUGUCCUCUAAUGAUCUACAGAGGAUGGCAUCAAAUCCACAAGUCCUCAGAAAAAUUUUUAAAGGUCAUGUCAUUCCAAAUGGGCUGCUAGACAGCAAAUUCAUCAGAAAACAUAUGCAACACAAGUUUACAUUCAGAUCCUCCUAUGGAAUACCAUUUACGUUUGAAAAACAGAGUACAGUUGAGGGGACUUCUAUUGAUGCUGGAUUUAGUAACCUUAGAUACGACCUUGACAUCAAUAGAGAUGGAGUUGCUUGUAGCAAUGGGGUCAUUUACGUCAUCGACGGAUUUCUGGAUUAUUCUUUCAAAAAUAUUAUUGAUGAGAUGAAAGCUCAGGAUAAAUUGAAAGCUUCUUUGCAGAAUAUCAUGGGGAUUUUUCCACCUGGAGUUGAAGAAGAUUUUAGGGACACAAACAAUGAGUUCACAGUGUUUAUGCCUGCUAGUGAAGCCUUUCUGUAUUUGUCUCAGCCUGAGAUUUCAUACCUGUAUAAUCUUGUCAACACAUCAGAGAAAUAUGAGCUUCUCGAACGCCACACAGUGAAUGGAACAGCCCUUAGUAUAGAGAGAAUUCGAGCUACAUGUAGUAAUAAAAAUUCAACUGACUGUGUUCUCAAAGUAAAUGUUAUUUUUAAGGAGGAAGAAACCCAAGAAAUACUACUGGAGUGGAAUGGCGUGCAGUCCAAAAUAAUCCAGUCCAAUAUUCUAGCAAACAAUGGCAUUAUCCACAUUAUAGACAGGAUUUUAUUCAAGGUGGAAGAAGAGUCUACUCUCCCCACAAACACUAUGAACACUCGCGGAGUGAAUGGAGCUAGCAGGAAUUUCAGUGUGCUAGUUUCGUAUUUUUCAUUUUUAACUACAUUGUGCUUUUUUUAUCUCUGGACAAGGUGAUAAAAAUCGUUUGUGAAUCAUCUUUUUGAUUCUGAUAUUGCCAAGGAAUCGUGUUCAAAAAUAGGUUACAGACAUUAGAAGCUGAUUCUUCUAGCUUAUUUGCAAAGUCUUUUUGAAAAUGUUCUUGAAUUUGUGAAGACCAUGAUUGCACUGAAAGAGCACAAUUCGACAUCAACAAAAUCUGUUACAUUCAGCAAUAUUGAUGGAGAACGAAUCUUUUUGCUUUAUGCACAAAGUUAUACAUCUUGUAUUUGUGGAGUAAUUGGAAGGGCGAACAGACAUAGGGCAUAUCUGUAUUUAACCCAAACAUUCCGGAUGUCAGCUAAGUGUUUUUGACAACAUGAGUAUGGAAAAGAAAAGAGUUGUUAUAUACUUUAUAGCCAUGGUAGAACAUCCAAUGGACCGUUGUCUCUAUGAUAGUUAUCUAUAAUGAAUGUCUCUCUAGAAUUCCAUUUUUUUGUUUUGUAGUAUUAUUUUUGAUACAUGUUAUGAACAAUGACUUCUAUUAAUGUAUUUUUUGUACAAAAUGUUAAAUACAUUCUUGUGAAUUUCAGUUCCAUUUUUCCCUUUUAAUGUAAAAUCUGAAGGCUAGUGUUUAGUUAAUAACGUACCUAUAUGUCUUUAUGGUUUUAAAAGAUUUCUAUAUAAAGCAUUCAUAUAAUAUUAUAUAUUAAAUGAAGAUUUUAUUUGAAGAAAUUAUACCCGUGCAUGGUAUGUAAGUAACAAAACGUUCAUUCACCAAAUAGCAGUAUCUCUUUAAGUCUUAUUCUAGUUGAAAAUGUUAUUUAAGUAUUGACAUAAUUUUUUUGAUAUGUGGUUUUGACAAUAAUAAACGUUUAGUGUAUGUGUUUUUAAUUCCAUUUGUAUGCACAGAAGUGUUAGUUGUGUAUGAUGAAUGAAGUUUGAAGUGUUACAGAUGUUAACAUUAAUGUAAGAUUAGUUAACUGUCAACAAUUCUUGAAAUAAAACUUAAAUA